AUGGCUCAAGAUCUGCUUUAUCGGGGAGGUUUUUGGAUGGAGGGUCGUGUUGACAACUACAACGACAUGGAGGAAAUUAGGAGGAUACUACGGCAACUUACGGAACGCGUCGCUCGCAUCGAAGCUCGAACCCAGAUAGGUAAGAGUUCUAACGGGGAGAGAUGCGUGAACCCUUAUUUGAACCGAGUAGCUCGCAUCGACACUCUAAGCCGUGGGAGUCUCGACGGGGAGUACGAGGGGGAUAACUCUUUUCAUUAUUGCGCUUCGUUGUGUGAGUCAAGUGAAGACCCUAGAUUUUGGUGCUCGUGUAUGUGGUUGGUGACCUGUGUCCUGAUGCCGAUUCCGAUCCCGAUCCCCAUCACCAGGCUCUACAAAUCUGCAAAGUCAGGUUACAUUUGCUUACUCAAACAACUUCUUAAUGACAAUCCGAGCCUACUAUAUCAACUUACACCCCGAGAAAACACAGCCCUCCAUAUCGCCAUGCAAUUUGGACACACAAAGGUUGUGGCUGAGAUUUAUAGCAGAUGCAGGUCCUUUCUCACACAGCAAAACUUAGAUGGAGAUACUCCUUUACAUGUGGCUGCAAGGGUUGGUUGCUUCUCUAUCUUCAAUGAUCUGGUUAGAGAAAUUACAUCCAUGUCACAGACAGACUUCAGGAAUGAGAAUAAUGGCAUGUUUGAGACACUGAGAAUGGGAAAUAGGGGGAGCAACACAGUUUUACAUGAAGCUGUGAAGAAUGGUCACAUUAAAUUGGUUCAGUUCUUGCUUACAAUUGACCCUAAAUUGGCGUCUGUUGAAAAUGAUGCCGGUGAGUCUCCAUUGUACCUGGCCGCAAGAGGAGGAAUGUUUGAGAUUCUGAAUCAGAUCUUAAAAUCAACUGCAUCAUCAGCUCAUGGCGGGUCAGAUGGCCAAACCGCUUAG